AUGGGGGGUCACGGGGGUUUAAAUAUUUUGCCUCAGAAGCGCUGGCAUGUGUAUAGGACAGAUAAUGUGCUGCGAGUGCUGCUUGAUGAAAGAGAGUAUCAGAAGCAGCUGAAGACUUCGCGACAGCAGCAGCAGAAAGUUGUUAUGAAUGAUGUCCUGACUUUAUUUAAACGAAGAAAGAAAGAAGCAACUGAUACAGCAGCAGCAGCAGCAGAUGAUGAUGAUGAUACUGCAGCAGCAGCAAAAGAUAAUGCAGCACCACCAGCAACAACUCUACACACCUGCUGUUCUCUAUUUGAAGAGCAAUCAAACACCAGCAGCAGCAGCAGCAGCAGCAGCAGCGCCUCUGCUAUUUCCGUUGCACGCAGAGCAGCAGAGCAAUCUGCUGCUGCUCCUUCUGCUGCUGCUCCUUCUGCAGCAACAGCAUCAACAGAGCGAUCUGCUGCUGCAGAAACAGCAGCAACAGCAACAGCAGCUGCUACAGAAGCACCAGUCAUAGUGGAGGGUCUGUGGGGCUCUGCUGGCUCUCAGCAGCAGCAGCAGCAGCAGCAGCCGGUGUUUGCUCGCCCGCUGUCUGUCCAGCUGAAAGAGGGUAAAGAAGAUGCUCUAGGACAGGUGAAAGGUAAGAAGAGACAUAUUAAUUUAUUUGCAGCAGCAGAACAUCAAGCAAAGAAGCAGCAAGAAGCGAGACAAAGAUACCUCCAGCAGGCAGGCCACUACAGCAGCAGCAACAGCAACAACAACAGCAGCAGCAGCAGCAGCAGCAGCAGCAGCAGCAACAGGGGUGACUUUUCAGUUGUUGCUGCGGAGCUGCAGCAAGGAAGCUGGUAUUUAAAAGAAAUGCCUUCAAAUAAAAAUGCAAGAGAAGAACAACAGCAAAAAAAACAACAGGAAGACGAAGAACAAAUAUAUCAAAAUAAAAAACUAAUAGUGCGGCGAACUGCUGCUGCAGCUAAACAAAGAAUGCUACAACUGCAGCAGCAGCAGCAACAGCAACAGCAGCAGCAGCAGCAGCAGCAGCUUCCUGCGGCGUCUUCAGCUGUGGGGUGUAAACGCCUCAGGGCAGAAUGCGUAACAGUUGAAUCCGAUUCAAACAGCAGCAGCAGCAGCAGCAGCAGCAGCAGCGACAGCGACAGUGAUGUGUGCAUAGUGGGUGAGAGCAGCAGCAGCAAAUUUGAGGGUGCGGACUGUAAAAAGAGUAAAAAUAAAAAAAAUAAAAAUAAAAAGAAGAAAAAAACAAAGAAAAUAACAAAACAGCUCAAGAGAAGGUGGAUGCUGCAGGCGCUGCAACUCCAAACCUAA